AUGGAUGGUCGGCUUAUGAAAGCAGUCAAAGAUGCUGUGAAGGAUUUGAAGAAAACAGUCUCUUCAUUGUCUGACAAGCUAACUCAUCUAGAAGACGAAGUGAAAAGUCUUAGGUCGAGUGGUGAUAAUCCGUCGGAGGAGAAUAAGGAGUCGGACGAAGAGGAUGAUGUUGAUAAGGCAUUGGAGGAAGAGGAUGGUGGUGAUAAGGAGAGUAAGGAGUCGGAGGAAGAAGAUGAUGUAAAUAAUUACAUUCGCGAUGUUACAAACGAAGUGCAGAAGGAACAUGGUGAUGUUGAUGAUAACAUGGAUGAAGAUACUGCACAGAUGAUUGGUCAUGCUGAGAAGCAUGAGAAGGCAGAGGCUGAGAAGGCAAAGAAGGAAAAAAGAGGGGGAGAAUAG